CUCACAUUCCAAUCUUUUUACGCGAGAAUUCUAUCGUUCAUAGCCGAUGACUCAGAGACGGAAUCGGAAGACGAAGCCGAUUUAGUGGCUAUUCCAUCAUUUUCGCCACGACCAGGCUUCCCGCUAGGUCCGGACCAAGUACCACCUGGGUCCCCUCGUACUCGCCAAAGGGAUUAUGGUUCCCGCAGCCAUCAAUACUUAUUUGCGCGAGUAUCAACGGGAUGGUGUACGCUUUCUUUUGGGAGUUGUAUGAUCAAGGGAGGGGUGGCCUUCUCGGGGACGAUAUGGGUCUCGGUGAGCUUCCUUGGCAGGGGCGUCUACUCACGGCCAACGAUCGAGUUUUAAAGGGAAAACAAUACAAGUCAUAUCAUUCCUUUCUGCGAUCAUGAAGAAAUACGGUGAUGCAAGAGAUAUCGGUCGGAGGCGAAAACAUGUCUCCCAACUUCAAGACCGUCCGGAGUGGGCAGAGCGACGAACGCUUCCUCCCGCGGAUGCUACGUGGCCGACAUGUCUCAUCAUCGCGCCGUCGUCCGUCGUGCCCAACUGGGAACGCGAAUUCCAAACGUGGGGAUACUUCGAGGUUAGGGUGUAUACGGGAUCCCAGAGAGAGGAUGUCCUCAUCGAUUUUAAGAUGGGUAGACUGGACGUAGUGAUCACAUCGUUUGACCUCGCGAGGCGAGAUAUUACCCUUCUAGAGGAUCUAGCAUGGUCAACGAUCAUCGUGGACGAAGUUCACCGUGUCAAAAACCCUCGAUCGAAAAUAACCGAGGCAUACAAUCGCUUUGCAUGUAUGAGACGGUUCGGGUUGACAGGGACGGCCAUUCAGAAUUCGUACAAUGAGCUGUGGACGAUCCUCGACUGGACGAAUCCCGGAAAGUUGGGGACGAGUAAGCAGUGGAAGGGGUAUGUGGUCAAGCCAUUGACUAUUGGGCAGUCGAUGAAGGCGACGGAGGAAGAGAGGACCAAGGCGUUGGCGGUUGCGAUGAUCGUCAGGGAUAAGUUACUUCCCAAGUUCUUCAAGCGAAGGACAAAGGAUAUCAUAAAACAUCAAUUGCCCACCAAAAUUGACGAAGUGGUCUUCUGUCCGCUAACUCCUACACAGAUCAAGGUUUAUAAACGUAUCUUGUCGAUUGAUCCGGUCCAGAACCUCAUGCGUAAAGACGAGCAAUGCGAGUGUGGAUCGAAGAAGAAGCGCAAAGAUUGUUGUCACCCCUUCGAAAAAGGAGACGUACUCAAGCACAUGUCGAUACUCAUCAAGAUCUCAAACCAUCUAGGAUUGAUUCUUCCAGCCCCGAGUGAUACCCCAGAGCAGACCGUUCGACAUCGCGAGCUUGCAGAGUAUGUUUUUGCAGGCGAACCCGUUCCGAAAUACGGAACCGCCAUCAUGCAACCUCAGUAUUGUGGAAAAUGGGCCGUUCUGGACAUGCUUCUUCGAGACUGGCGGAGAGACCGAUCUAACAAGGUUCUCUUGUUCACGAAGUCUGUCAAGCUCUUGGAGAUGCUAGAGUUCCAUCUUGGCAAGAGUGGUUACGGCUUCCUAAAAUUCGACGGGUCCACGAAGCAGGCAGAUCGAAUGCCUAUGAUCGACGAGUUCCACCGAAAUCCCGAUGUAUUUGUCUUCUUGAUUUCAACGCUUGCUGGAGGGACCGGUUUGAAUUUGACUGGAGCUAACAAAGUCGUCAUCUUUGACCCUAACUGGAACCCUGCCCAUGAUUUGCAGGCCAUGGACAGAGCAUACCGAUUCGGUCAACGUCGUGACGUGUCUGUAUACAGACUACUGGGAGCUGGGUCGAUCGAGGAACUGAUCUAUGCACGUCAAGUGUAUAAACAACAGCAGAUGGCUAUUGGGUAUCAAGCUAGCAUUCAAACGAGGUAUUUCGACGGCGUGCAAGGCGACACCAGUAGACAAGGCGAGCUGUUCGGGAUUAAGAAUAUAUUCAAGCUCCAUGAAGAUACGCUUGCUACCAAAGUUGCUAUCGAGAGAGCUUCUAUCGUAGAGCUUGAUUGGGCUUUGGCUCAUCUCCAUGGUAAAAAUAAGAGGCGGGCUAAGUUGAAGGCCGAUGAUUGGAUUCACGAAGCGGACGUGAAGGGUGGGAAGGAAGAGGCUGAUUUGCGAGGACUGAGCGCUCUCCUUUUUGAUGAUGAACCUCCCGACCUCGCCGAAGAGAACGACGUCCAGAAAACUCUGGGUGAAAUUGGCGUGAGAUAUAGUCAUCGAAACGAUGAUAUUCUUCAGCCGAGCCGUAUCGAGGAAGAACGUUCGCGUGAUGCGCUUCGGAGACAUAAAGAACGGAAAGCCGCUGCGAGGAAACGCAAGCAUGCUGGGGAAUCGGAACCUGCUAGUAGGUCUAAGACGCCGGAGGAGCAAUGGCCACCGAAGCGGAAACACCAUAAAGCACCUGCGAGCCCGCAAACACUGCUUGUUUCGAGACAGCGAGCUCUGAUCGAGCUUGGGAUGAUCCAGAGUCCUGCGCAUUUACCGACGUUUGCGCAGUCUUUUGGUCGGAUGAGUGGUGAAGAGCAGCAAGAGGUGAUCGCGAAGCUUGAUGAACAAGCACGACAUCAUUCAUAGUAUAGUUAGUCUUGGUGUACCGUACUGUAUCUCCGGAUGUUGUACACUCGCAUUUAUUAAUUGGCUGUUGUCCCG